GGAAGCACUAAAGAAAAUGAGAAAACUAAAGAGACUUUAGUUAUGUUGACCUGUGAAAGCGGGAAAUGAAAAAUUCCAUAAGAAGUCUAUCUAGGACUGAUUUAAGAGUGAGUGAGGUUUAAAUUCCAGCGGUGGCAGCCACGAAAUUGCCCUGAAACAGUUUAACUAAAUACUGUAAGUAACAGACAAAAUAAGAAAACUGUGUUCUGAAGCUCAUGGUGUAGCAUGACAACCUUGGAAAUAAGCCUUGUGUCUGCCCAAGGCCUCAACCAACGGUCCUCCUGUUUCAACCAAAUCACACCCUUCAUCACACUCACCAAGCUCCCAGCACAAGCGGUCUACCACCACGAGGGAGGGGGAACAGGGGACCACGUCUUCCGCGUCCCACUCGAUCCCACCUUCUUUUCCGACACGUACUCGCGCCUACACCUCCAGCUCUUCAACAAACGCCGCUUCGUGGGGCCCACGCAGCUUGGCUCCUGUCUGAUUCCGCCCUCCGACAUUGCUCUCCUCCCCUAUGAUUCCCUACGCUACCUCAGUUACCGGCUACGGGCAAGAGACGGUUCCAGGAGCCACGUCAUCGUCAACCUUUCCAUCUGCCUCCGGGGAUCACCGGAUCUCCACACCUGUCAACCUGUUAUUGGGAUACCCGUCACGGCGGUUCGGAAAUUUGGCACCGGCGGUAGCAGCAGUGCAAGUGGCACGGAAUUUGAAUAAAUUAAUGAAAAAUGUGAAACACAAGUUGGAAUGUGGGACCACAUCAAGCUAUCCAUCCAACUGGGGACUCUGGAAUUUGGAAAGCUCUCACACUCUCCUGUCGCUUAAUCCCUCAUAUCUGUCCCCUUUCUUUUAGCUUUCCACCCAUUUUAAGAAACUUUUUUUUCACAAAUUUGUAUCUUUUUUUUAUUUUAAUAGAACCUGUAUUAUAAGUAUUUUAUUGAAUGUUAACUAUAUAUUUUAUUAAAUAACUGAAUCUUCUCUUA